AUGGAGUCGGCGAUGAUCAUCGAGGACGAGGAGGUGUUGAAAGAAAAACGGCGCUCGUCGGACGCCGAGCGCGAAAAGACGACGGGCGGCUCGACGUCGUUGUCGCCGAGACGACGGGAGCAUCAACCUCAUCAUCAUCAUCAUCAUCAAGGUUUGUCGUCGUCGUUCGAGGACGAGAUAAUGAAGAAAGCAGGGGGUGGUGGUGGUUUGUCGUCGUCGUCUCAGGUGCAACAACCGCAGCGGCCGAAAUCGCGAGGACCUCCCCCUGGUGGGAAAACGAAGGAGGCGCGCGAGUCGUCGUCGGCGACGGAUUUAGCGCGAUUGGAAGACACGACCCGGGUGGAUCGAUUAAUUCGCGAACGAGAACAAAUGCGAAGGAAUCGGUCGUUUUCGAUUUUGGACGACGAUAUGAAAUCGGAAGUCUCCGGGGCGCGCGAGGAUUUGGAUCAGAAGAGCACGUCCGAGGGGGAGAAUCAACCGUCGGUAGUUGGUGUGGAUGUGCAGGAUAAGAUUGCACAGGCGGCGCAAGCGUCUACUGGACGAUUGAUUAUCGCGGCGAAUCGACUUCCCGUGAGCGUGAAGAAAGGCGAAGACGGGAAGUGGGGGUUGACGAUUUCUAGUGGAGGGUUAGUGAGCGCUUUGUUAGGGGUGGGGAAGAGUUACGGUAUGUUGUGGGUCGGGUGGCCCGGGGUGUUCAUCGACGAAGGGCCGGAUAGAGACGCGUUGACGGAGACGUUGUUGGAGAAGAGAUGUCUGCCAAUUUGGUUGACCCGGAACCAAGUCGAGUUGUAUUACAACGGGUAUUGCAAUAACAUUUUGUGGCCGCUGUUUAAUUACGUUCCGUUGACGUUUGAACCGAAACUGAGUUCGACGAAAGAUAUGGCCAGUCAAUGGUUGGCGUAUAUUUCCGCGAAUCAGUUGUUCGAGGAGGCGAUUAUGAGCGUGUUCGUACCCGGGGAUAUCGUUUGGUGCCACGAUUAUCACUUGAUGUUGUUACCGCAGAUGUUGAGGAAAAACGACGAUAAGAUGAAGAUUGGAUGGUUUUUACACACACCGUUUCCGAGUUCGGAGAUAUAUAGGACGUUACCGAUGAGAGAAGAGUUGCUCAUUUCGGUUCUGAAGGCAGAUUUGGUCGGGUUUCACACGUACGAUUACGCCAGGCAUUUCGUGUCCUCGUGUUCGAGAAUUCUAGCAUUUGAAGGGAGACCGGAUGGCGUGGAAGACGGAGGAAAUUUCACGAGAGUGGCGGCGUUCCCGAUUGGGAUCGACCCGACGCGUUUCCACGACGCGUUGGCGACGAAAGUGGUGCAAGAUCACAUCUUGGUGUUGAAGGCGAGGUUUAAAGGACGGAAGGUUAUGUUGGGCGUCGAUCGUUUGGAUAUGAUCAAAGGGAUUCCGCAGAAACUGUUGGGAUACGAAAAAUUUCUAAACGAACACCCGGAGUGGCGAGACCAAGUUGUUUUGGUACAAAUUGCCGUCCCGACGCGAUCGGACGUUCCAGAGUACCAAAAGUUGACGUCGCAAGUGCACGAAAUCGUCGGUAGAAUUAACGGGAGGUUUGGGACGUUAGGGUCGGUUCCAAUUCAACACUUGGACUGCUCUUUAUCUUUUGCAGAAUUGACCGCGUUGUAUGCGGUGACUGAUUGUUGUUUAGUGACGUCGUUGCGUGACGGGAUGAAUUUAGUCUCGUACGAGUACGUCUCGUGCCAAAGUCAAAACGCGGGCGUUUUGAUAUUGUCAGAAUUUGCCGGCGCGGCGCAAUCUUUGGGCGCUGGAUCGAUUUUAGUGAACCCGUGGAACGUGACAGAAGUCGCGCAAGCCAUCGACGACGCCUUGACGAUGCCGGAAACAGAACGAAGGGAGCGACACAAGUUUAACUUUUCGCAUGUUGAGGUGCACACGUCGCAAGCGUGGGCGGAUACGUUCAUCGCCGAAUUGAAUGAUACGCACGUAGAAGCUGAGUUGAGAAGAUUACGAAUUCCGCCGCGGUUACGCGCGAGUGAUUUGAUUGGUCCAUUCACUGAAUCGAGACAACGAUUGGUUAUUUUGGGAUUUAACGCGACGCUGACAAAGAAAGAUUCGCGUUCUCAAGCCGAUCGUAUAAAAAGCCGAAACGUAAACAAAAUCAUCAAACCGAAAACUGGCGAUGUAUCGCCGUUACACAGCGUUUCGCAAGAGUGCAUCGCGAGAUUGUGCGACGACCCAAAUACGACCGUGUGCAUCUUUUCUGGUUCAGAAAGACACAAGUUGGCGAAGAAGUUUGCCGUUUUACCGAAAGUUUGGAUCGUCGCCGAAAACGGGUGCUUCAUUCGCCCGCCGUUAAUCACGAACGACGACGAGAACGAGGACAAUAACGGCGACGACGACGAUCAGGACGACGAAGACCACAGAGAAGAAAAGAAAGACGUCUUUAAAGUCCCGAAAUUACCUCCGAAAUGGCAUACGCUCGUCGAAAUGUCGCAACUUGAUUGGCUCGAAUCUGUUCAAGUCGUUUUCGAAUACUUUUGCGAACGCACGCCGAGGAGUUACGUGGAAAUUCGCGAAACUUCUUUGGUGUGGUCGUAUAAGUAUUCCGAUCCCGAUUUCGGGCGACAACAAGCGCGUGAUUUGCUCCAGCAUUUAUGGACUGGGCCGAUAUCAAACGCGAACGUUGAUAUUAUUCAAGGCAUGAAAUCGGUGGAAGCGAGACCGGUUGGACUUUCCAAAGGCGUCGCUGUCGAUAAGAUUGUACAGAUGAUUGCUAGAGACGGUAAAGGCGGUCAGAAAGAAAUCGACUUUGCCUUUUGCGCUGGCCAUUUUCUCGGCCGCGAUGAAGAUAUUUUCACGUAUUUGGAUUCGCACACGGGUGAUCACGACGUAUCCGCGGAAUCCUCGCGAGGCGGCUCUCCCGUGGAUAAACAAGGGAACACCAAGAACGGCUACUCGCCGACGGAAUUAUCGUCGGGACUUGCGGAUUCGUUCAAACAAGUCAACAUCAACGGCAACGGUGAUUUCAGAGACGAUGCGUCUGGGCGCGAAACGCCACCAACCUACGAAACCGUAGAUAGCGAGAACAAUCCGCUUGUCGUGACGCCGAUGAAACUCCCCGAGCGCUCGGCGCCGAGACGCCAAUCCUCAUUCCGAGGUGUCUCGGGAGUGCAAGGCUCAUCGGCGGAGAAAACCGGCGAAUUAGGAGGUCAAGGUCCUUCGUAUUUGCACCCGAACGAAUCGUUCGCGGAAUCUCUCGGUUCUGUCGUCGAGACAAAAAAGAAAAAAGCGGACGUUCAUUUCGGCUCGGUAUUCACGUGUACGGUUGGACGCAAGCGUUCACCGGCGCAUUACUUUGUGGACGACUCGGACCAAAUCGCGGAAUUGCUCAUCGGUUUAGUCAACAACAUGCACGAUGGUAAGGGUUUAAUCGAGCUUUUGCAAUUUAACGACGUCGGCGACGAGGUCUCGCAAGAACCUCCGGAAAGAAGUCUUUCGCGAGCGCGUUCGGUGGACGAGUUCCAUCAGUUUGCGUCGCAGAAACAACAAGAAUCGAAACCAAGAACGCGAAGAAGCUCGAUCGAUUUCGAACGAUUCGCGAAUAGCCCAAACAAAGCUGGUUCGAUGGUGAAUCUCCCAUUAGGUCGCGAAGGAAGUACGUCUCUAUCGUCUUUACAAGAAGCGGAAUAUCAACCGAGAAACGGAUUGGAAGGAGGCUUUACCAAAAGUUAA